AGACCACACACUAAGCCGUAUCAUUCGCCCAUAGAAUUCCCGCUUUCGCAUGGGGGUGUACCGAAGCUGGACUUUCCAGCUCAAGCAGGUGGUGUUAUGAUGACCUUUUCGGCUCUCCUCAGGCCUCUGGAUUAAGGACAUGAUCAGAAGGAAUUCAUGGGUUCACAGAAUGAAAAUGCUUUUGAGGGCAUUGCACCUGACUCUCUUUCACCUCAGUCCGAGUAUGGGCAACCCUCAGAGUAUUCGUCCUACGAGGUGUUUAUAAAUCACAGGGGACCAGACGUUAAGAAGACUCUGGCGGAUGCACUGUAUCGCCAUCUCAGUGCCUUCAAUCUGCGGGUGUUUUUGGAUCAGAAAGAAUUGCAGACAGGAGAUUUCUUACCGGCGGCCAUACAGCAUGCUCUCGCCACAUGCAAAAUCCACGUAGCAAUUUUCUCCCCAAGAUAUGCGGAGUCGCCGUGGUGUUUGGCGGAGCUCUCUUUCAUGCUUAAAACUGGGGCUAAAAUCAUUCCUGUCUUCUAUGACGUGCAGCCCUUUCACGCUCGAUACAUCAAUUCUGGGCCUUAUGCACAGGCAUUCAAAGAUUUCAAGAGCAAGAACAGAAUUGAUCUCCGCAUUGUUGAGAAAUGGAAAGAUGAUCUCCACAGGGUUUCCUUUAUUUCGGGCUUGGUGUUCGACACAAGCAAAGAUGAUAAGGAUGUGCUGUUGAGGAGUAUAGUGGACAGAGUGGUAGAAGAAACAAAAGGAGAAGUGUUGGAGGUGGCUAAACACCCCGUUGGACUGGAGGAUGCCCUUCAAGCUUUCCAAAACACAAUAUCGAAGUCAGAUCAGGAGCAGAGCAGUUAUGAAAAAGUUGUGGGUAUCGUUGGAAUGGGAGGAUCUGGCAAGACCACUCUCGCUAAGAAGAUAUACAACGAAAGGAGCUGGGCAUACAAAGGGCGCUGUUGCUUUUUGUCAGAUGUCAGACUGGAGGCAGCCAAAAAUGGCUUGGCAUCUUUACAGUGUAAGCUUCUUCAGAGACUUUUGCAUUAUGAUUUCAAGAUCGAUAAUACCAGCCAAGGGAAGGAAAUUCUCAGAGAUCGUCUGCAAAAUCAUGAGAUUUUAAUGGUGUUAGAUGAUGUAGACAAGGUGGAACAAAUGGAUGCCUUGCUAGUGAAGGAAGUGAUUGGAGCGAGGAGUUUGGUGAUUGUGACAUCUAGGGACAAGGGUGUUCUCACAAGCUGCGGAGUUGUGUUAUUUCAUGAGGUAAAAGGAAUGGGAGAGUCGCAUGCCAGAGAGCUCUUCUGCUGGCACGCUUUUCUAUUGCCUUAUCCGCAACAGGGAUUCGAAGCUCUUGUCGAAAGUUUUUUUAUUGCAUGCUCUGGUUUACCACUUUCCCUGAAGGUCAUUGGAUCAUUUCUCCAUAAAAAGAACAUUGCCUUUUGGAAUGGAACUCUGGAGAAAAUUGGCAAGCAUAUUUUAGAUAAGGAUAUAAUAGAUAUACUUAAGCUCAGCUACGAUGUCCUUGACAGAGAGGAGAAGGAGAUAUUCCUCGACAUUGCUUGGUUUUUUGCGGGAGAAGAGAAAAAUAUGCUUAUGAAAAUAUGGGAUGGAUCAGGGUGGAGUAGUUUGCAGAGUCUCGAGAGCCUUGAGCAAAAAUGCCUUAUCGAAUUUGUUCAUGAAAAUCAAGGGUAUGAGAAUAAGGGAGAGGACCGCCUGGUUGUCCGUAUGCAUGAUCACCUCAGAGACAUGGGGAGAAGUGUUAUAGAUAAUCAAACCCAGCCCAGUCGCCUCUGGCGUCCGGAGGAUAUUCGCACGCACUUGUCCCGCUGCCAGCUUGGACAAAUCAUGGAGGUCCGAGGAAUUUGUACAUCUCCCACUCCAGAUUUAUAUGCGAGCGAAAGAACGGCAGCGCCAUUGUCGACAUGGAAGGCAUGCUGGUUGCAGGUAUUGGAGAUUUGUGGUGUUUCAACUAUGCUGAGAGGCUACCCUGUUCAGGUUGUAGGAAGCGCAUUAAGGCUGCUUGCAGCCCAAGGUGAUUCUGUUAUCACAGAAUUCAGCGAUUUCUCAAGAGAAUUGCUAUGGCUUCGGUGGGAUGAUUGUCCCUACACAAGCAUUCCUUCCCACUUCUCCAUGCAAAAGUUGAGAGUUUUGGAGCUUUUAAAAGGAUCCUGUCAGCUUGACACUUUGUGGCAGAGUCAUAAACAGGCUCCCACACAGCUGCGCCAGCUUUCUAUACACCACCUCAAGAAUUUGCCCGAAUCAAUAGGACUUCUCAAGCAUUUGGAAAAGAUAGUUCUGCGUGCAGGAUUAAUGGAAACUUUACCAGAUGAGUUGUGUAAGUUGAAAUCCCUGACUCACCUCGAUCUAGGUUACUGCUUCGAAUUACAAUCGCUUCCCCAUGGCUUUGGCAAUUUAACAAACCUAAUACACCUUGACUUGACUAAUUGUCGUAAUUUGAAAGCUCUCCCAGAUUCCUUUAACCAAUUAAUACAGCUCCAAUACAUGUCCUUGUUAUAUUGUAACUGCUUGAUGGUCUCCUCAGAUAUUCUGAGAAAUAUCAGGACGCUUGAUUAUUUAGACUAUACAUCCGUCAGAGUGGAGAGCUUACCUACCCACAUUACAUCUCAAAGCUUUCUCACAAAUCUCUACGUGCGUUGCCCAACUCUGAGAGAGUUACCCGUAGACAUUGGAGAACUAGGCAAUUUAAAAGUUGUAGAAGUGGAAAACGCAACGUUUACAUCAUUACCCACUUCCCUGGAGAAGCUUACCCUGUUAAAGUCAUUGUCUCUGAGUGGUUGCCUAAAGCUCAGCUGCAUACCGGAGUCCAUUGGACAACUGAAAAAUUUGCAAUACUUAACUUUAAACACUACUGGCAUACAACUUUUACCCCAGGGACUUGUACAUCUGAGUAAUCUUGUGAAAUUGUCUGUUCAUAGUAGCCCAGUUGGGGAUGUCAUACUUUCGACGGGAGAUGAAGAAACUAAUGCAGGUUUGUCCAGUAAACCAUAUUCAUUCCCUUCUCUCCAAGCCAUGUCGAGACUUAAAUUCAUAAAUUUGAGUUACACAAACGCACUAAUGAAGUUAUUCAUUAGUAAAAACGCGUGCCCAAACCUUGAAACUCUUGAAGUUGUAGGGUGUGUAAAUUUAGAGGAGGUUAAAGGGCUGCCAAUAGCAUUGGUGAGUCUAAGGCUGUACCUGUGUGAUAGACUGAAAAAGAUAUCGGGGCUUUCUAAUUUAACAAAGCUUCGAUACCUCAAUCUGUGUGGAUGUUUGGAUUUGCACGAGCUUGAGGAUCUCUCACAACUCACUUCCUUGGAAAGUCUUGUAGCAGAUGGGUGUUGUGUGGUCACAAAGAUGGAAGGACUGGAGUGUCUCUCACUGCUUAAAGACAUACAAAUUGCAGCCUGUCAUAGUGGCGUUUGGAAAGGCAUUAACUGUUUAAAGAGAUUGCCCUCAAAGGUAUCCAGUAUCACUUUGAAUAUGAAGACAGUGGGUGGUGAUGAAAGAGAAGUGAGCUCAAUUCUAUCUUCUUUCAUGUUUCCAGACUCUGUAUUUGAGUUUCCAAGUUUGUGGGUGUGCAAACUUGGAGUAGAAAAGGUGAGAUCUUGCGCUGCAGUUAUGCUAGUCUUCUUGUGUGAAAGCUCAGCAGAGAAACAUAAUCCUCAUCUGUACCAGGACAUCAUAAGAUUGGGCAUUAAAUAUUCCAUGCAAGAGUACAAGGUAAUUGUCAAGUUUGAGAGCGAAUGCCAGUGGAUAAUUCUCUGUGUUUUUACAAGAGAAUCCUCCUUCGUUCAAGACUUGAAGAUAAUUAAAGUAGAAGAUGAUAUGGGUGUGUAUGUCAACCUGCCUUUUGAAAGGAACAAGGGCUGGUUGGUACUCCUGCAAGAUGGAGAAGAAAGGAAAAUUAAAGAUAUUUGGGAAAAGCUCUUCACCUAUGCGUACUCCAAACAAGCACUCUAGCUUUAUAUAUAUAUAUACCUUUUCUUUGCUAGUA